CCCGGGUGUUCGCGUCAGCUUGUGCGUCUGUUUGUUUGCCGUAUAAUUUGCUAUUCCGGACUGUUUAGGUACCGUUAACACUCGUAUACAUAUACCGGCAAUGUUUAUGUGCGUUUUUGCCCGCGAGUGAGUACCGCUUGCUUAUCGGCAUGCACCGGAAACGGCUAAUAGAAAAGUAACGCGGUUUUUUUUCCAUCUACACAGGUGUUUUUUUUUUUCUGUCCGACAGCAAUAACAUACACCUACUGUACACAGCCAAAGGUAAAUUAUUAUUACGAUAAUAAUCGUUUUUCGUGUUCAAUAUAUAUUUGUACAAGGAGCUUAAGUCGGUUUUUGGAUUUUUUUUUUUUUAAUUAUGUCUCAUGUAAUUUUGUUCCCUUUAUGUUUUGGUCUAAAUGCCAUUUGUAUAUUCUAACACACGUUUUACUGAAAAUUGAAAUAUCUUAAGUCCCUAUAUGAUGUGACUUUUGUUUGGCAAAAAGGCAUGUCACAUAUAUAUAUAUAUAUAUAUAUAUAUAUAUAUGACUUAUACUAAUAUAUGACUUCAGCAACAUUAAGGUUAAGCCAUUUGGCAAUUAAGAUAUAGGAAAAUUAUGUCAUUUAAUAAUUUUCAAGGUUUAAUUUAUUUACAUUGAAAACUAUACAGGGUUGUCUUAAACCAAAGAUAUAUGUUACGGGUUUUCAUUUAAAAUAUAAAACCAUAUCUACAGAACGAUUCAUAGGAGAUGGGUAUAUAUAUGCUUAUUAAAAAAAAAAUAGUGGAAAAACUAACGAAAAAUUAUAUGGAAAUUUAAUUCUUGUGCAGGUGUAUAGAUAUAUACCUGCACAAUGCCCAUCUAUGUAGGUAUAGGUAGAUAGGCAUAUGUAUACUCAGUAGAGUCAUAGUGUUUAUGUAAAAACUAUGAUAAUAUAUAAAUUAUUUAUGUCAAAUACUCAAAUUAUUGCAGUCCAUCAUUUAAGUCUUUAAUCUUCAUUAUAAUAAUAAAUCGCCUUACAGGAAAUACGUAUGUUGUUAUCAUUAUUUUUAUAAUCGUAUUCAAUAAUAUUAUUGUCGCCUUCCAAUGUACAUAUAGUAUCGAGCUUAAAAUUCUGUACCUAAUAUUGAACUUUUCUAAAACAAAACGGUUCUUCGGAAAACUUAAAAACUCAUACUUCCGAAUGUUAAAUCUUUUUUAUUAGUCAAAUGCUAAAUAACAUUUGUUUACUGUAUUUCAGAUUCUAAGUGUAGCUAUUAGUUUUACUUCGAUGUGUUCUUUAUUUCUCAAAAAUCACCUUUUCGAUUAUGCACCUAGUAAAAAAAGCUCUCAGAUUGUUAUCAUAUCGUGCAAAAAAAUAUUCGGUAUUGUAAAAGUUCCUUUUAAAAAAAAGAGUGCGUUUUGUUCCUCGUUUCACAAACCCGGUCCAGUUCGUAAAAAAAUCGUUAUAUUUCUUAUUCCUACAAAAAGGAAUCAAACAAUGGAUUCCUCGUUUCACUACAUUUUAUUAUUUGUUUAAAUAGUAAGUUUUUAGAAUGUAAAUUAAUUUGAUCUUCAUCAUCAUUGAUAUAAUAAUACUCGACUGCAAUUUCAGAAACAAAUUUAAAUUUAGAAAUACUAAAAUACACAUUAGCCCCCUAGACGUUUUCUAUAAUAUACACGUGUAACCCGCGGUGUUUUAGGUUCACAAUGUCUGCGUACCUAUAUAGUAACUAGUAACCCAUUGUUUAUAACAUUCAUCGGAUAAUACUACCAAAUUAGUUCACGACAAUACUAUAUAUGAGCCCGGCGGGUGUUUUAUUUUUAUUAUUAUUAAUGCGGCCAUAUUUACACACUAAUUAUAAAACGGUUGUAUAUAUAUAUAUAUAUAUUUAGUUUCAUUUAUACAUACCUGCACGAAAAUUAACUAGUCCAAUCUACUCAACAUUGUUCUGUAUUUCGUUUAAACAUAUACAUAUACUGUAUUAUCGUCUUGUAAACCGAUAACGAAUUGAAAUAAUUGUGACAUUGUGCAGGGCAUAAUAUAGAUAAUUUCCACCUACAGUAAAUGUUGUCAAAUUUGUCUUCGAAAAUUCGUCCACUUAUGUGUUUUUAACAAAGUAGACGAAAACAUUUUGUUUCAAGGAACAUUGACAACAAUUCGAGCAACAUUUUUAAUUUUCACAAUAUUAGGUUUUUUAGACCCUAUACUAUACUGUCUACUAUAAUGUCUAUAUUAUAAAACAAAAUCAGUAAAUAUUAUUUAUAAUAUUGUUUGUUGUUUUACAAUAAUAUGUGUCAUUUUUUAUCUUGGAAUACCUACAUAGUAUUUUUUGAGGGGAUUAAAAUGUCCAAACAAAAAAAUAGAAUAUUUAAAGACAAGUAAGUAAUACUGGUCAUCGGUGGGGGUAGGUACAUGGUAUUUUUGAAAGAUCGUGUUUUGAUUUUAAAUCUGUACGUGAAAUGUUUAACAUAAAUAUUAAAAUUAACAAAAUUUUAAUUAAUUUUUAUAAUUAGAUACUCUUAUUAAUCAUUUACUUAUUUUCCAUUAAUCCUUAUUCAUAUUUAUCAUCGAAAUUAGAUGAUAUUUGAAAGUAUUAUGCGUUGUUAUAAUAUGUGGUUGAUGAAGAGAUAACAAAUGAUUCACUGACAUUGUUUUUAAUGAUUUUAAUAUGUAAAUAUUUGCACAACAUUUUAUUUCGUUAACUUAACCGAAAGGGGCAAUACAUGUGUUAUUUUUAAUAUAAUAUAUUAAGAUCAAUAAUAAUAAGUAUAUACUCAUUAUUAUUGCUCUUUCAAUAGAGUUACAUCAUUAUAUUGGUUAUGGUACAGUUACUAUAAUAUAUAACUAUGGGUCUAUAGAGGUAUAAACGUUUUGAAAAGUUAUUCAAUGAGGUACAAAGAAGUUUUUUUUUAAAAUUUUAAAAUUAAAUAAAUUGUAUUUUAUGCAAUUCUCGCUUAAAAAGUUGUCGAAAAUUAUAAUUAUCAAAAUCAAAAAAAAGUCCUAUUAAUUAUAAGGUACCUUCUGAAAAGAAAUGUCAUUUUCUCAAUCGUUUUAUACUCGUGAGACCAUUUUCACAAACAGGAUCUUCAUGAAUAGACGAUUUUAUAAUGAUUACAAAACGUGACUUGACACAAUAAAAAAAAAUUACACUAGUAAUUUAUUUUUUAAUGUUAAAUCCUGUUUAAAAACUAUUCUUUGCAUUUUUUCCUUCCGGAAUGUUUAAAAUUAAAGUAGAGCAAUUAAAUUAGUUUUAUAAAAUGUCAUUCUAUUUUUUAAUUUAGAUACAGAUUUUGAAACGGAUAAUGUAUUUUGUACAUACAGUAAUAUAUUAUAAUAGCUGUUAUGUAAUUAUAAGACUUUCGGAUAGCUAUAAAUCAUAUAUUAUAAUAAUUAAACCUAACUAGAAUAUUUAAAAUAUUAUAUUGAGUACUUUUUUUUAGUAAAAUGCCACUUAGCGAUAUUUUACUUUACCUAUAUUAAUGUAAUAGGUUAUGUGUACGCCUAAUAAUAUAGGAAAUUAUUAAAUUAUAAUACUAUAUAUUAUAUUAUGUAAUAAACAAUAAUAUAACUAUGCGAUUAUUGGCUAUUGAGUAUAAUUUACAAACUUGUAGCGUUAUUGUAGAAAUCGAUGUAAUUUUAAAACUAGUUGAUAAUUAGUAAGGCCGUUCGGGUCGUUCCACUCGUCACUGUAGCCAGUAUAAUUUCGUAUCGAAUGAAAGGUAUUGUAGAAAAGUGUAUUUAUCCAAUUCUAAUUGAACGCUAUUUCAGUACAAAAAAUACAAUAAUCAAUUUUUUUUAUUUAGAAAUAGAUUAACUAAAGAAUCUAUAUAGUAUAGAUAAUAUAGAUAUUUGGACCAACGCAAGAAUUUACAUAUUUUAUAAAUUUAUAAUCCCACAAUAUUUAUCAGAUCUAAAAUUUGGUAUUCACUAUAAAUAUUGUGUUGAUAUUAUAUUGAAUUCAUUUAUUUUUUUUCUUUGACAAUAUUUUACAUAAUAUUAGUAUAUUUUGGUGUUUAGAAAAAAAAAACACACAAUGCUAUUAUUCCUAAACUGCAUAAACUUACACAUAUAAUUUUAGAAUAAAAUAUAUUUUAGUGUACACUUAAAUGUUUUUAUUACUAUUUUUUCGAACAGUAAAUAUACACAACAUUUUUGUGCGCGUAGCAUUGUUUUUAAAUUGACAAAUAUAUAGGUUCACAGUAUUAUAAUAAUAUGUCUAGUAGGUAUUCUUAUAGAAAUGUAAUUUUUCGAAUUUUCCAGUUAGAUGUCCAGAAAAUAAGACCAUUCGUAUAAGUAUAAUGUACAAUAUAAUCAUAUAAAAGCUAUAUAAACAAAGUACAACUAGUUGUAACCUAAAAACCGGUAUUUUUAAUAUAUUACAAUGUUUUAUAGUAAGAAAAAAAAAUAUAUAUUCAAGUAUUAUGUAUUAUGUAUGGACGUACCCAGGAAUUUUUAAUUGGAGGGGAUGUAGCAAAUUAGAAUCGUAAAAUCGUCUUCUCUACCCAAGUCGACUAUGGAAUUGGUAAUUUAAAAGCCGGAUCCUAAAAAAAGUCAAUUUCUAAUCAAUACAUCAAGAUUUUCCUCGUAACUUGGCUGAAAUAUAUGUAUUUCGACAUUACAAUGCGUUAUUAAACACGACGAGAGAUCUCUGGCGGAAAUGAUAAGGCUACGCAAUAUAUCUAGCUAAAGCAUUAUAAUAGUGAUAUAAAAUUUCUAUGGGACCACCCUGAAGAUAUUACGCUAUUCAUUCAAAAAAAUAAUUAUAUAAAUCGGUUCAAGAAUGGCAAAGUUAUGAGUGAACGCUGAACAUACAUACAUACAUACAUAAAAACUCCCAUUUUUUUUUGGAAGUCUGUUAAUAAUAAAUACGCAAUAGCACGCAGUUAAAUUAUUGUAGUGAUUAAGCCCAAUACAAAAUAUUGCGAAGUCCUAAUAGUGUUACGAGUACUUAUUGCUUAUUUCAUAUUAUUGUUACUCAAACUAGUCGAACAUAAUGAUUAUUAUUAUAAAAAAUGAAUGAUAGCAAAACCUCGCCCAAACUUUGAAUAGGCACGUAAUCAAUUAAUCGUAACGACUGUUUAGAAUGCAUUAGGUACAUUUCAUUUUAUAUAAGUUUGUUAAAAAAAUUGUAGUAUUUAUGUAAUAUUAGUAAAAUUUAAUACUAAUGAAUGCAGUUUGAUCUAUUUUUGCACAUUUUAUAUAAUAUAGGUAAUAUCUAAUAUUAUGUACCUACUAUGUAUUUUAUAAUAUAUACAUUUUAAAUAUUUUUAAAUUAUUUCCAUUAUUACAAUUAGAGAAAUUUCCCCAUUAUCAAAUACAAAUUUAGCACCUCUUACAAAAAUUUAAACGGUCCAAACUAUCCCACUUCCUCCCAACCUUAAACCACAUUUUAAAAUUUACGCACAUGUUAACAAUAAAUAAUGAUGAAAUAUUUUUAAAUUAAAAAAAAAAACAACAUAUAUUUCUUUGCUCGUCUUUCGGAUGGCCACUUGUUUUUUGGGGGUCCCAAAAAGUCACUUUGUCAACACAUUCGGUAGUUGUGCCAUUCGAGAAAAAAAAAAUAUUGUAAGGCAGGUACUGGCUGCGUUAUAUCUUGUAUGGAAAAACGUAUUGAAAAGUAUUUACUGUUUACUAGGUGUAGGUAUUAUAAGUCGCGUUGUAGGUGUGCAAUAUUUUUCGAUAAUGCGAUUAUUGCUAAACGCCUUAUUAUCACUAGGUAGAUACUAUACAAUACAAAUACAAAUAGUAUAAUAAUAUUACGCGUCGCUUUGUAUACACGCAUAUAUUAUUCCGUAUUCGACAAUAUCAUUAUUUUGUGAAAGGUUUUCGAAAAAAUGUUCAGCCACGCUUACCGUUAUGGUAGUUUUACCGGUCGAUAUAUCGUGUACCGAUAUAUUAUAUUAUUAUAAUGCUAAUAAUUACAUUAUAUUAUCUGUAGUCGGAAUGCACAGUAUUCUAUUUAGACGAAGAAGGGGGAAACCUCGGACGCUAUUAUUGUGGUUUAUAGGGGGCCCUGCUGUACGUUUAGCUAUCAUUAUCAUGGUUAAAUGCGUUGUAGGUGCCUAUAUAAAAUGCGUGUAUAAGUAUUAAUAGUAUUGUCUAUUUUGUAGCUAUAUAUGGGCCGCGACGUAUCCCAAUGUUCGCGAAAUAGUGAUGAGGAUAUUAAUGUAGCACAAUCGUAUAUUUCCGACGGAGCAUAUUAUUAUUUUUCCCGGGUUGUCAUUUUGUAUUAGAUGAACGCGAAAAAAACAUAAUAAUUAGAUACCGCAACACCACACGACUGAACUAUUUUAGUACGUUAUACAACAUCAAUAGUAUUAUUAUAAGUAGGCCGCAGGUACAUAAUCAAAGUUAAUAUUAAAGUGUUAGGUAUUACCUGUAAACGAGUGAGGAAAGCCCAGUCUACGAAUGUUUCCGGUUUAAACAAUAAAUUAUAAUUCUAUACACAAUUUUGAAAUAAUUUAGCAACCUAGUCGGUUUUGUAUACUUAUGUGUAAAAACCUAAAUAAAUAAAAUAUAUUAAUUCGUUAAUAGUUGAUGGGCCGUUUUAAAUAUUGUUAAGGUAAUAAUAUAUUUUUUAAUAUUGGCUAGUAUGAACUUUGAUUUGCUACUGGUAUUUAAAUUAAUACCUAAUGCUAAUAAUAAUAUUACGAAUAAUUAUAAAAACAUAUCUCCUUGUUUAUAUCAAAUCAACAACCAUAACGAUAUACUAUGUAGUAAUUAUACGGACGGACGGACGAUCACAACGAGGUAUAAAAUGUUUCGAGUCAAAUACUACAGGAUGGAAAUUACAUAUCUUUUAAGGUAUGGCGGGUAAAAAACCGAAGCGUUUGUACGGACCGAAGAAGUAUUUUCAGAGAGAGGAAAAUUAAACACAUCUUAGUGAAACAAAUAACUUCUUCGCUAAACUUAGAACCUAAAAUAAACGAAUUAAGUAUUCGCAAAUACCUAAUGAAAUUUUUAAUACAUAACACAGUCUAAUAAUAUUUGUGUAAGUACCUAUUCAGGCACCUUUCAACGAAUUUACAGUAAUUUUAAAAUGUUUAUGAUUUAUUUUAUGCACCUUUAUUAUUUGGGUUGUUUUAUUUUUAUUUAGUGUAGUACAGGCCGUUAGGGCCAAAAUUAAAAUCAAAACUAACUAUUAGUUACUAACAGUAUCUGAUAAUAUAAUAAUUCGGUAUAUGAUAUAAACAAAAAAAAAUGGAUUACUAAAAUUAAACUACAUAGGUACUUUGAUACUAGAUUACUGGUAUCGAGGAGACCUAGCAGCUGAACAAAUUAUGAGUCCUGGUUGAUGGUGCGUAUAGCCGGUUGAUUGGGGAGAUACAGUUUUUUAUUUUUUUAUUUUAUUCAGUAUUUGCCAAUAUGAAAAAAAAAAAAAAUAAUAAUUAGGUAUACCUACAAUAAGUAUUACAGAAAAAAAAAUUGGACACCAAUUAUUUUUGUUCGAGACAUUCAUUAAACGAAUAACACAUAACAAAAUCGUGUAAUUAAUCGAUAUAGUUAAAUUCGUGUUAAAUUCUACGCGCGUAAUGCGGGUAUUAACGUAAAAACUUGUAUUUUUCAUUGGCUCGAAUAAUUCGAAUUUUAUUGUUUUUUUGGCAUCCUUUUAAUUUCUGUACGUUGACUGGCCGUGUGGAAUGUAAAUAAUUUAUAUAGGUUACCUGCCUAUACUAUAAUUGUGUAAACUAUACGAAAAAACAAAGUGUCUAUUCACCUAUAUUCUAUAUAGAUUAAUGGGUACUUCGAAUCAAUCCAAAAAUGACUUUUCAAAAUCUGUAUGUAGGACGCCUUUUGGAAAUUGAUUUUUAUGAUUAAUUAUUUUGUAUGAUUUAGUGAACCAUAAAAUGGCAUUUAUAUAUAUAUGUAUUCACGUAUGUAUAUAUUACUUUGGUGUUUAAUUUCUAAUCGAAAUAUAUUUAAGCUUUGUAUAUACAAUAGUAACGUUUUCGCAAUGGCAUCUCGUGCUGUGUGGCCUAUGAAGUUUUUUUUCAUGUAUACCGCCGUGUCAUGGGAGUUCAUUGUUUGCUUAGCUCAGGUGUUCAACCCUCCCGGCUCUACGCUACUUCGUGAUCUAUCCAGUUCGUUUUGUUACUACAAAGACCAAACCAAACUAUUUGUCAACAUUACGUAUGGUUUAAAAAUGGGUCAGAUAUUUUUCCGAUCGAACUUUACAUAUAUUUAUAUAAUUAAUAUUAUAAAUAUGCGAACUUUGAUUCCUGACUAACAGUAUAACAAAUGACGAAAGAAAUAAAAUUAUAUAAAAAAAAAAAGCUUUUAACAUUUCCAUUUAAUCAUUGCAUAGCGCAUUAUAAAGAGAAAACUAUAAGACUCCUACGCGUAAAUAAAUAGGAGGCGUAAUAAUGUAUAAUAUCUAAUAUGAAUACUGCCUAAGUAUUAUUUUUAUAUAUAUAUAAAAAAAAAAUGUAACGCAUUACCUAAUUUCGACACACAUUUCCUAUGUAUAAAGAAAAUAACAAAAAUGACAACUUUAAAUUUUAAUAAAAAGGUAAUCAUUUUUUUAUAUUAUAUACUUUAUACUGGUUGCAUGCACUGAACUACAUACAUUUUGCAGAACUAUCGAAAUAUUUAUGAAACAUUUAUUUUUUUAUUUAAAUAAUUGAAUACAAGUUUAGUAUACAGUGCUUAUCCAUCGGAUUUCAAAUGUAUUUAACUUGUUUUCAACACAAUGGCGAAAACAAAAUACUAUGUUCUAAACGCUUAUCCAAAAUUAUUUCAAUGUUCAAGUCCGUCACGCGUAAAAUAAAAUACAUUCGAAUAAUUUUCCAUAACUAUCGGACGUCGGUAUAUGGGUAUUUUUAUUAUAUUAACUUGCGCCUUUUUGUCGAAAAAUCAUUAUCAAAUACAACAGGAAAUAAUACAGACAUGCAAAGUGCAAGAAAAAAGUGUAUGCAAAUAUUAGUGGAUGCGUUUAGGUCCUAUAGGUUUGAAAAUACAACAACUAUGGCUUUUAAAUAGCCAUUAAAUCUUAAAAUAUACAUGUAUACUAAUAACAUGCUUUAUAUAGGUAUAUAUUUCAGCCAAGUUACAAGGAAAAGCUUGAUUUAUUGAAUACAAAUUGGCUUCGUUGUCUUGUUGUAGGGAUGGGUAUAGAUAUACAAGAACAGUGUAGAUGGCAUCACUCAUAAAUAUGAAAUAAGGAGCAAUGCGGAAUUACGACAAGGAUUAUAAACGCAGUGAAAUAAAAAGAAUUAAGAGAUGCAUAUGAGGUGAAAAAUAAUUGCAUGGGCCGGUCAGUUCUCACAUAUAAAAUUCUACCAUGAAAUACUUUUUUUUUUUAUUUCGGAUCUCUGCCACGUCAAAUUCAAGGGAAUCAUAUAUGUAUAUACCUAUUGUAAACUAUGUAUCUUUAUAUAUACAUAUAUAUAUAUAUAUAUAUCAAAGAAAUGUUAAUAUUUCUUUUUUCACAUAAUUGAAGUCAAACAUUUUAAUUUUAAUCGUUUAUCUUAAUCAACUAAAUAAAUGCAUGAUGAAUAUGAACCUCGCUUUAGGUAGUAACUAAUUCUACAUAUUUUUAAUAUUUUCAUUUCUUGCAAAUAAGAUAUAUGUAAAAAUUAAAAAUUUACAAGUAACAAAAUAAAAAAUGAUUAAAUUUGUUGAUAGUGAUAAUUAGAGAGCGGAUUUUUAUGUAAAAACAUGUUUUUAAUGGAUGUAUGUACAACCAUGAGAGUAAAAUAUGUCAACGAUUUACAGUACAAAGAAUCUGAAUAGACAAUUUUAUUUUCCAUAGAAGUACAUAUUUCGAUGCUAAAAGAAUAUAUUCAUAUAAAAUAAUUUGUUUGCAUAUUUGACUAAUUAAAAAUGUAUGAAUUGAAAUAUUUCCAGUAAUUAAACAAAUUAUGUAUAUUUCAACCGCUGCAGUAAAUUUUUUCUGUUUUAUAAUAAUUUAUUAAUGGGUACGUCGUACGAUAGUUUUCUAUGCCACUACAAUUUGAUAGUUGGCAAAUAAUAAUGGAGUGCGAAAAUUAUUAUUUUACUGUUUAUGAUAAUACGAAUACGGUAAAUGACGUUGAUACACGUCCUGUUAGUCGAAUUUUUGAUAUUUAGUUAUCAUUUUACAGACAACAAACUACCUACGCCCCGAAUAAUUGAUAAUAAUUUGUUUCCGCAUAAAUUAUCACACGUUUUUCUCCAGUGAUAACAAAUUAUCGUUUUUAUUCAAAGUCUAACAAAAGUUUAAAAAAAAAAUCUGAUACUGAGGAUGGGAGCAGUCAUUGUAAGUGAAAAGUCGGGAAAGUAGGAUACAUAAGGUUAUUUUAUUUAUAUCUGCAAUCAACGAUAAACCAUUACUCGAUGAUAGAUUCCGAGUGCAGUUCGGUAAUACUUAAUUUAAAGGGCGGUAUUUUUUUUGCGAUUUUCGUUUAAAUUUGAUUUCAAAACGCUUAUUAAAAAAAAAAAAAUAGUCCGAUCAUUUUGGAAAUUUUAGGUUAGGUAAAUCAAAUAUAAGUAUAAUUAUCGAGUUUCAAGUCUCUACGUAUAUUUAUAACCAAAUUACAGUAAAAAAAACUUCCAAAAAUUUAAAUUCCUUAAAAGCUCAAAAGUUUUGGCAAUGAUACCGUAAGAAAGUAAACUAAAAAGUAUCCUGUGAUUUUUCCAUUAAAUCAUUUUUUUUUUUAGUAGAAAACGUCGCCGUAUUUUUUUAAUAUAACGGAAUCGUGAAACUGUACGUUUUCCUACGUUUUUUCGUUUUUUACGUUAAGUGCUUUUAUUUAAAAAAUGGCGUCGAAAAUUUUAAAAUAACCGUUUUCUAGACAACUUGAGCUUUCAGAAAAGUUGCUACACGUAAAAAUCGGAGCAAGUUUACUAGGAAAAAAAAUUUCCACAAACUAUAAUACAAACUAAACAAACUAAAAUAAAAUUUAAAAAAUAAACAGUAUUGUAAAACUAAUAGCUUUCUAACUACACUCGGAAUCUAAAAUCAUUUUUUUGUAUUUUGUGACUGUUGUGCUUUGAUUUACACGUUUUAAUUCAAUGAAAUGCCAUAAUAACGACCUAAAAAAAUGAGUUUAUUAUUAUUUUAAUAAUGUUUUUGAUUUUUUUAAUUAUUAUUUAUUAAAUUUGUUUCGCAUAUAAGUACAUAUUUUGAUGUUAAGUAUUCUUGCAUAUUUUCAGAGAAUAUAAAUCCGCGCUCUAGUGAUAUAAAAAUCGGAGAAAUCGGAGAGGUGUGUAGUUUAGCUCCCAUAUCAAGUCUUUAUCAAGUAAAUACUAAGUACCUAUACCACAACCAGUAUUAUAGACUUAUGCUCUUCCCGCAUAAUAUUUGGUCUAUUUUUGCCUGUCGCCUAUGGCAUAUAGGUGACGGUGGUAUAUAAUGGUAAAUAAUAAUCUAGCCUUAUCACACGAUUCGUCGGUAUAGGUAUUUUGUAUACUGUAAAUUAACGCAUAUAAUUGAAAAUCGUUCGCGACGCAUAAUCGCGGGAUUUAACUACCUAUAAAUGGUUAUAAUAUAAGUAAGUGCUUGUCUGAAAAUAAGCGUUACGAUAAGUGCCCGUUUAAGUUGAACGAAUAGCAUAACCAAAACGGCUAAACGUUAAACAAAAAUAAUAGGUUUGUUCCUCCUGCAGUGGGCCGUCUAUACACUAUACAUACCUAUACAGAUUAAAUCUAGAAAGUUACGUGUAUAAUUUAUUUUUGCGAAUCGUUAUGGCUACGGUAUACAUCUGUUGGAACGUAGAUACUUAUAUAUUAUAUUAUAUUGUUACAAUGUUAUUUAGGCGAAAGUUUUUAACGCGUGUGACGCGGUUUGUUUUUUUAUUUUAUUUUGUAGUAGAUGCGUCUUAAAGGCGAGGUUGUCAUCGAUAUGGCCGGUGUACGCGUUUUCCGACGCAAUAAUAUGGCUACCUAUUACUACCUAGUAAAACUAGUUUUACACUUGACGGUGUCGAUGUGUAUACACUAAUGGUGUACAUAAUAUUAUUAUAUAUUUAUGUUUAUUGGAAUUGAAAACGUAUCUAUCUAUUAUAUAUGUUUGACAUAUUUUUAGAAUAAUAAUAAAAAAAAAAUAUUCAUGAAAAAAAAAAAAAUUAGAUAAAACUCGAUCAAAUUAUGUACAGAUAUAAUAUUAUAUGUGUCAUAAUAUAACGUAGUCUAUCGAAAAAAUUGGUAGUGUUGUAAAAAAUCUAUGAUGUGUCUAACCCGAUAGCAAAUAUAUUAGGUGCCGAGGAAAUUGUAUGAAACAAAAAACUUCCCUUAAAAAUAGGUCUUGUGAUUUUUUUACUAUUUUUUUUUUUUUUUAGUUUCUGAAAAUCGACAACUGAUUUGAAGAAAUAAUGGUACUGGAAGUUAAAUCACUCGCAGAGGGAUACUAUACAUAAUAAUGUAAUAUGAAUGCAUCUUGUAUUUGGUUCAAUGUUGUUAAGAAAACGGAUACAAUUGUUCGUGUCGAAUUACAUAAGAACACCUUAUUGAAUGCGCGUGACCAAUUUAUUUCAGUAUUUUUAAUUUGCCUUUAUUGAUUGUAAAUUCGACCGUAGGGUUGAACAAUAGCGCGCGUUCGGCAGUAAAUAUUCACGAUUCUACAUCAUUAGCGGGGAAAUGUCUAUUUUCGAUCGGAAUAAAGAUCCUCAGAAAACAAUUGUUAAAUUUAAUAAUGUACGUGCAGUUAUGCGUUAUACGAAAAUUGCACAGCCGACAUAUUAUAUUUUGAUUGUUAAGAUCGAUUUGAAGUUUUGAAGAGCAUAUCCCUAUAGUAGUUAUAGACAAUAACGAUAAUGAAUUAAUGGUGUUAAUAAUUUUGUUUUUACUUUAUUAUUUUAUUAAUAAUGAUUUAUCGAAGAAAACGCUACUUCGCUGUCCGAUUAUACAUAAACCUGUUAUAGAAUUUAAAUAAAAUUACAAUAAUUUCGGAAGAAUAUAGCUUUAGUGUGCGAUAAAGAAUUUGUGUCACUCGACUGUUGAUUGGAAUUUGUUAGAUUCUGAGUGGAGCGGAGAACCUUAUGGGUUUGUAAAGCUGUUUAUUUUUUUUUCUGCGAACAACUUUUCUACCAGAAAUUUUGCUCCAUCUUAUAAUGAUAGCAAUUUUUCUGAAAGGAAAUUUCACUGGGGAGGUACUUUAGAGAACAGAUUUUCCCCGGAGUUUUUUCAGCGCGUGUGAAAAACUGGGAAAAAAAAACAUGGGAAAACGUAGGAAAACCGGAUAUAUAGUAUAGCUAUACCUUAUUAUAUAUUGUGUUGUUUGGUUUUGUAAAAUUAUUUUGGAACACGUUUAAUAUCGGAUAUCUUGUUCGAUUGUAAGAGUUUCUGUACAAAGAUAAAAUAAGAAUGCUGUUAGGCAAUAUGUAUAGUAGUUAACCUGAUUUGAAAUCUGGACGAACCCAAUUUAUGUAACAGAUACAUACUUCGUUUAAACAUAUUCUGUUGCGUUCUAAUAGUAGCGUUUUAUAGUAGCAUUUAAUUAAUAUAAUAUAAUACCUAUAUGUGCUAUUAUAUUUUAAAAAUCACUGCCUGAAUUGUGUACUGGAUUUUACUGAAAUUACUAGGAAAAGUGCGGGGACAAUGAAAUCACUACAGGUUAGUCAAUGGGAAGGUGUUAAAUAUCGAAUUCACGACAUAAUCUUUUAAGGCAGUUCUUAUUUUACCAAUUACAUUUUAUAUUUACUGAAAUAUGUAAUAUAUUAUUUUGUUCAUACAAAUAAAAUCUGACGAACGGUAAUUGAUUUAAACUUUAUGGUAUCAUCGUUUACUUCCUCCGACAUUAUUGAAUAGGUUGUAUUUUUUUUUUUUUUUUGAUAAACAAUCUUAUUUAAAAAAAAAAGAGCUAAUUCUGCUGAUGGGUACGCCACUGUUUUAGGUGGAAAGUCGGGAUGGUUAGAUAUAUAAAGUUAUUUAAUUUAUAUCUGUAAGCAACGAUAAACCAUUGAUAACUAAAAACGAUUCGCAAUUCGGUCAUAAAUGUUUUAAAAAGACGUAAUAUUUAUCAUCAAAAUUUUAAAACCUUUAAAAAAGUUUACACUACACUUUUUUUUUAUCACUUAGUAUACAACUUAUUAUGAACCUUCUGUUAAAUUUCAAACAUUUCUAUUCAGUCAACCAAUUAUAUCUACAUACAGGGUAUCUUACGAAGGUAUCCAUUGCAAUACCUCCUGAGAUAUUAAGGUAAUUAAAUUUUUUUUUUUUGUAUACAUAUAUUACUCACAGGGAUUAUUAAGGUAUAUCUUUCCUUAUUAUCCUUCCCGACUGCAAAUAUUGAAAAUAUUAAUAAUUGAAUUAAAUUUUCAUGUUUUGGUAAAAAACUAAGAGAAUAACUUUUUAUUUCAUUAUUAUUGAUAAAUUUGAAAAGAAUAAUUUUAUAGAGUUUUUAUAAUGUCAAUUUUGGUGUUUCAUCUUUUUAUUCUCAUUAAAUUCGUGAUUUUUAAUAAUUUGUUAAGUUCAGAGAAAAGUAUCUAUAAUUAUGCAGCAGGUUGUAAUCGCAUUCGCUAAUUGAUUAUUAUUAUUACAUCUAAUUGACUGUAGACAUUUUAAAAUGGAUAAUUUAACAUUUUUACACUAUUAAAAUUCAAUUUUUUCAUAAAUAAUAAAAUAAAGUUAUUUUUUUAAGUUUUUUAAUAAAACAUAAAAAUUGAAUUAAAAUAUAAAUAUUUGUAGUCCUUAUCCCUAUUAGUAAUAUAAAAAAAACUACGUAAAAAAAGACUGACAGAGAUUCAUUUAAUGAGUGGGCCACUAUUGUAGGUAAGCAGUUGGAAAGGUAGGAUAUAGAGGGGAAUUUAAUGUAUAUCUAUAUGCAAAGAUUAAUCAUUGUUAACGAAAAAUGAUUCUGAACGCAGUUCGGUUACACAUUUUUUGAAAAGCUGUAAUAUUUAGUUGUACUCUUCUGUAACUGAAAACCUAUCGGUCAUACAUUCAAAUUGUUAACAGUAUUUCAUACCUAUUCGUAUUUAAAUAUUAUAUUCUCGUAGUAUCACGUCAUUUUUUUGUUCGUAAUAAUGAAAAAAUAAUACCCGAUUAAUUAGGUAGUUAGAUCUCUUUCCAUCAGUCAAUCUUAAACCAGAACACCAUAUUCAUAAGCUUAGAAAAUAUUGUUUCCGAAAUGAAAUAGAAAUAAGAACUGCAGACUUACUAAAAGCAACCUAACCGAUAGGUUUAAGAGUUAAAAGGCAAAACACCUAGUUAUAUCAAAAGAAGUCAGAGAUAGGCUAAUUUGCAAAUUGAUGGAUAUAUCUUCCAGCAACUAACAGACUUUAGACAACUAUAAAAACUAAUAUAAAUAACUAAACAAAUAUGCACAAAGAAAUUAAAUUAAGAAUUGUAUCAGGAUAUUUUGCAGUGGAAAAUUGUUAACUCCUAUACAAAAUAUCAAAAUAAUACCUAUAUUCUAGCUGUUUUUUACCUAGUAUUGACUUAUGGGUGUGAAUCAUGAUCGUUAGUAAAAAAUGUUUUUACAUAAGUUAUUUUUUAUAUUCUGAAAGGAGCAAGCAAGGAAUGUAUUAGUUUUACAAUGAUACGUAUUUUUUUUUUUUGUGGACAUCUUUUUAAACAGCAAUUAUUUUGCUGUUAUUUAAUUAUAAAAUAUUAUAUACCCAUAUACAGGGGCAAAUCCAGAACAAGACAUCAGGGAGAAGAGGCGAUUUUCAAAAUGCAUAUAAAGCAUAUAUUUAUGAUGAGCUUAAUGAUGAAUCAAGCUAAGAAUAGAUUAGAGAAUGAACCCCUGAAUCUACCACUAGCUGCUUAUACGUAUCGAACAACAAUAAUUAAAUUUUAAUCUUGCUUUUCGUAAUAUUCUAGUUAUUAUAAUUUGUCCUCCCAACUUGUAAAAUUGAAUUCCUAUAAAUAUAUUUAUUCAUAAUAUAUAUGCCUGGCAAAUAUUGUAUUAUAUUCUCGAGCUACUGCGAUAUUGGAUUUUGUGAAAUUAACGUUAGAAUGAAUUUAAUAUAUAUAUAUAUAAAACCUUUAACUUCUAUAAUAAUAAUAAUAAUAAUAAUAAUAUAUUUCGACCAACCAUAACCGUAACAUAAUAUUAUUAUAAACGAACACAGACGUUAUUUGCAGGUGGUAUACAACGUGCAUUCCCCUGUUGUUAUUCAUCCGUUCCCAUCACCUGCAGCAGAAGGCAAUAUAAAAUAUUGUACAUUUUGACGACAAUAAUGUACUUGUAUUUAUUGUUUAAAAUUCUUAACUUUUAUUUUAUAAAUCAACAAUAUUGAAGUUAUUAAUACAAUAAUACAUAUAUUACUGUUAAGAAAACAACGCGAACAUACAUACAUUUUGUAAAUAUUAUAAUAUUGUUAAAUUAUUUGUACAGUACAAUAACCAUGCAAUUUUUAUUUACAUCCCCCAACCUUAUAAAAUUAAUAAUCAAAUCACUUACGUAAAGUUUCUGGGAGCUCUACAAAUUAAUAAUAUGUUGUGUCACUAGCCAAUACGAAUGAUAUAACUAUCACUGACAUAGUUUUUGGGUUGAAUUUCCAAUAUGCGGGUGCCAGCGUGACGGAACUAUAUUAUGAUAAUUAUAAUAUUAAAUUAUUAUAAUAACAUUAGGACACACUUUUCAUAACUAAAUUCAUUUAUUCCCAUAAUAACAUUAAUAUUAUAUUUGAAAAGCAAUGUUCGUUAUUGAAAGCUCUUAAGAAAAAGAUGUUUAAAAAUAAUAAAUUGAUAUAAUAAUCAGUCUAUUCGGUAUUAAACUUAAUUUAAAAUAAACUCAUAACAUUUUAGUUUUAUAAUGACAAUCGAAAAUAUCAAAAUGUCAAAUAUUUUACACCUGUACAUACAUAAUAUAUAAAAUUAUGCUUACAGGAAACAUAUUUAAUCUGCUAUAAAUAUAAGCAGUUUUUGUUUUAAAAAAAAAUAUAUUUUUUUUUAAUUUUAAAAACUAAUUUCACUUUCAUGUAGUACCUACUUAAAAUUAUUGUCGUAAUAAUAAUUUGUUUUUUUUUUUUUUUUAUUAAUAAAUGGAUCGUUAUGGUUGUUUCAUAUCAAUUAUUAUUUAUUAUACAUUCAAUAGUAAUUUAAAUGUUCCACUUGUAAAGACUGAAUAAGCAAAUGACACAGGAAAAUAAUUAAAUAUAUAUAUAUAUAUAUGUAUACAGGUACAUUGCCUACCUAUACAAUUAUUAAAACCAUCGUUUUUUAUAGAGAAAGUGUUUAUUCUAUGUAUAAAAACUAUACUUAAAUUACAUCAAAAGAAAAAAUGUAUAAUGUUAUUACUGUAAAUAAAAAUAAAAUAUAAAACUGUUUUUUUUUUUCCAAAAAUUUUCGAAUUCAUUUUUCAUUUUUUGUUUUAACAUUAAUGAUAACACUAAGUGAUUGUGAAUCAACCCACGACGGUAUCUAUAUUAUAGUAAUGAGUGUAGGGGAAGUCGGUGUGUGCAUCACGGAUGACCGGAACCAAUGAUGAACAUCGUAGUGUUGAUUGUUUAAAAAAAUAAUAAACCGGAUAAACAUUAUUAUAAUUUUAGACACGUUGUGAACAUUUUUUCGUAAAAGAAUCCAUUUUAAUCGAACACAUGCACUAGGUAAUCGUUAUUUUAUAUUAUAGAAUCUCAUUAAGAAUUAUUUUUAUGUACAUGAGCAAAAAAAAAUACACAACAGUUUUAUUAUAUUUCUUAAGCGCGGGGCUAUUAUUUCUCAAAUUAUUAUUUUUUUGUUCACACACACACACACACACACACACACACAUUCACAUAGAUUGCAGAAAAUAAUGACAGCGUUGUUAUACUGUACUGCUAUGGAUUCACGUGCUUGAUAUUUUAUACGUUAUGAGGUUAAAUAUAUGGUCGGUAUAAGUAUGUAUAAGUAAAUAUUGUUAUUAUGCCGUACAUACGUACAUACUUAUAUAGACAUGGGAACGCUUUCUCCCAGUUGAGGUAGUUUUUGAUAUAGUAAUGAAUAAUAAUAAUAAUAAUCGUGUAUAACAACCAAAUAUUCUAUUCGUACGCUCGCGUCACUGUCACCAAAAUGAAAUUCGAGCUUCUGAGCCUAUUAUAAAUUGCGGUCUAUAAUAUUAAAUUUAGUCGGUAUGGUUAUAGUGUAAAAGGUAUACACCUAAUACCUACACAUUCUUUGAAAUGUUCACUAUUUUCAAUUAGAUAUACUUAAACUGUAAAGAAAUACGUACAUAUUAUAUUUAAAUAAAUUACCUAUAGUCUUGUUAAUACAGUAUUUUUACACUCAAAUCUUGUAAUCAAAUUUACUAUCCGUUUGAGAAUUUUGUAUUGAAUCGAAAAUCAUGAGAACCAAUACCUUUUUGGGGGUGCAUACCAGACAGUGACAGUGACCUCUUUGUUUUGAAAGUAAUUUAAUCAAGAUCGGAAUAAAACUGUAGAUUCGUAUUAAGAGCAGACUUCCAUAAGUGUGUAAUAUAACACAAUAUAAAUAGUAAAAACAAAAUCUAUGGAUACUGAACACUGGACAAGACUAUUAUAUAUAAUUGUGUGUGUGUGUGUGUGUGUGUGUGUGUAUAUAUAUUAUAGACAAAAGCCGAAAUCAGACAAAACUCAGAAAUGCCUGGGUAAAACGUGAAGUGUCCACGAUACUUAGGCAAAACGUCAUAGUUCGGCUUUUGCCCGGACAAACGUAGUUGUACCCACCUCAUUCGGGCUAAUCUGUAACGUCAAUUUUGUAACGUAAAUUUCAACUUUUCACAGUAGGUAGGUACCAUGUUUACAAUACUCUACUAUUAAUAUUACAAUACUAGCUCUCAUCAGUAAUAAAUUGGUUCUUGCACGGAAAUAUCUGGUUUUUAACGUAAAACCGUUAAACGAUAAAGUGACAAUUUAAAAUAAACAUUUGGGCAAAACCGUUACUUUUGUUUUAAAAUUUAUUUAAUACAUCUAUUUAAUAGGUUUAUUUAUUAUUAUAAAAUAAAUGUUUGGGCGUUACAGAUUUGCCCGAAUGAGGUUGGUCACAACUACGUUUGUCCGGGUAAAAUCCGAAAUAUGACGUUUUGGCUUUUUCCCGUAACACGUAUAAAAGUAUAUAAGGCAAAUAGGCAAAUAAUAAGACAAAUCAAUAAGUCGUAAAUCCUUAUUGUUUUAGUUGUCUAUUUAAAAGUUGUAAUCCAUCGAUAACCAUAUCAGGUAACUUCAGCUUCUCUUUCACAUUCAUCUCAACUAUUUGGGGUCGGCCCCACAUCGUUCUCGCACAUAUUCGCCAUCCUCGUGUAUUCUCAAUCGUACCUAAUCCUCUAUUUUCGGUCUUUCUCUUCCCUUCUUUUCUCCUACGUCUAUUAUUAGUACAAUUCUUACUGCUUCUGAUUGCUAUCUCCUCAUAAAAUGCCCAAACAAUCUCAGCCUAUUUUCUCACGUUUUGUCCACUAUUAAAACCACACCUAAGCUAUUCCUCAUAUACUCAUUCCUUCUUUUCUCGUCACUCAACUCAUCCACCUAAACAUUCUCAUCUCUGCUACACUUAUUCUCUGUUCUAUUUUUUGUUCAGCGCCCAACACUCCGAACCAUAGAAUACAGCCGGUCCACCACACCCUUUUAGAAUUCACCUUUAAGUCUCAUUGAAAUCUUCUUGUCACAUAAAACACCUUACGAUUCUCUUCAUUUAUCCAACCACACUUAAUCCUAUGUUUCACAUUUUUGUCAAAGCCAUCAUCCUUUUGUAAAAAAGGUCCUAGGUACUCAAAACAUUCAACCCCGCCUAUUGCGUCAUCGCUAGUUGUUAUCAGCCGUCUUGUCCUGUUUCUUUAAACUCAAACUUUAUAUCCUAUUGGACACAUAAUAGUAAUUUAAUUUUUUUUUUUUUAUAACUUUUUAAGAUAAUAUAUUGACGAAAAUCAUAAAUAUUACGGCCUUUUAAAUCCUGUAUAAACGAAUUUCGCUCAGAAUCAUUUUUCAUUAGUAAUGGCUUAUCGUUGUUACAGAUAUAAAUUAAAUAAUUUUAUGUAUCCUACCUUUCCAGCUUCCCACCUACAACAGUAGUAAAUCCAUCCGCAAUAUCGCUAAUAUCAGCUCUUUUAUUUAUUUUUAGAUUCGGAACGGAGCAUAAAUUCUAUUAAAAAUUAAGCAUAAGGCAGCUUUAUUUUGGGACAAAGUUUGAUUGCUUAACCGAAUGAAUAUUUCUUUACAGAAAUAAAAACCUAUACGCUUACUAUAAUUUUGAACAUAAAAUUACUAUUUAGGGGUGAUUACUAUUUUAGUUGUUGAAGCCUCUUGAAAUGUAUUUCAUACGAUUACAUUUUUAGGACUUCGGUACCAUUGUAAUAAGUAUUUUUGUUUUCUUUCCCGGUAUUAUAUUUUAUCUUUUAAAAUAUAUAUAUAUAUAUACUUAUACAAGCAAGUGAAAUUUUAAUUAUUCAUUAGUUAAUCAUUUUAAAAACAAAAGUGAAAUCAAUAGAACAAAAGAAAUGUAGCCUACCUCAAUUAGUAGGUAUGUACUUCGAAAUGUAACUGAAAUUUUUUUUUUUUUUUUAAAACGAUUAAACAUAAUCGAUUAAUUUUAGAUUUCAUAAUAAUUUGGUAGGCACAUAAUAAUUAAUAUAUUAUAUCUGCUAUACGUCAUAUUAUAUUGUAUGGACAAUAGAUAUUGAGAAUAUAUAUAGCCUUUGAUCGUAAGUACUAAUUUUAUUACAUCCGAAUAAUAAUCAUCAAUGUGUAUGCUUUAUAAAUUCUAAGGAUACCAUAAAAGAUUUAUUAAAUAAUUAAACUAAUUAGUAAUUAUUCAAAAAUAAUAGGUAUGUAUAGAUUUUUCUGGUUUUCCACUUCAAGAAGCGCAUUUUUGAAAUUGUUUUUGUAGAUGAAAUAAUAUUAGUAUUUAAGACGACAUAACAGUAUAUUUAUUAGUAUAUUUUACAUUUAUAUACAUCUUGUAGUAUUGAUUUCGAAAACUAAUACAGACGAUGUUUAUUUAACGAGGUCAUAUUUUAUCAAAUGCUCCAGUUUAUAAUAUUAUAAUGUCCAGAAAAUUACGAAAACGACCGGAAAACGAUAAAAUAUCAUCAUACAGUAAUAUAAGAUAUAUAAGAUAACCAUAUAAUAUUUACUGUCAUUUAUUUUUAUUCGUAUAUAUCCAAUAACAAGUUUGUUAUAUAUUUAAACAAUUAUCUGCAUUGCAAUUUUGUAUAUAAUAGAAAAUAAUAACCAAUCAUUUAAAAACCUAAUCAGAGUAAUAUUUUAUAUUUAUUUAAGCAGGCACUUAUUAUUUAUAAAUAUUUAGCAGAUGGGCACCUACAACUAAGAGAUCCUGUAUAAUAAUGGGAGAGUGGCCAACUAGGGAACCGUUUUGUCAUGGGUGACGGACAUUUUGUGACUUUUCUAAUGUUCUACCGUUGUAAAUGCCAGGUGUGUAACCGCCUUAGCGCUAUUAGUCGUCAUUUUUAUUACUAUAAUAUACUCAAUGCUGUCUCAUGAAACACAAAGCAGCUGUCCAAUCUCAUAUACGAGUAUAAUAUAUGUCUUAUAUACGUCGUAUACCUCAUUUAUAUAUAUAUAUAUAUACUGUAUAGGCGCUCUAUACUUACAACUACCGUGUAAUGAAUGUAAAAUAUGAUAUUAUAAUGUAAAUAGUCAGUAUAUUAUGUCGUAGGUAUGUUUUUAUGGAAAAAAUAAUAUAAUACACUAGAGACUACAGCGAUAAUAGUAAGCAUGUACGCGAAUUAAUCUAAUCCAAAACAUAAUAUACAAUGUAUCGUAUAUAAAAUAUAAAUCAAUACAAUAAUAUGUUUUCACAUAAAAAAAAAACCUUCGACAUAAAAAAACGCCCUUGACCAAUAUUUACAGACAUUGAAUUUGUUUGAAAUAAUAUUAUAGUCUGAAUAUAUGGUUUACAACAUUUUUCAUACCUAUUACCUAUACCUAUCUAUUUGCAAUAAAGUUUGGCAAUUUGGGUAAACGGAACAAUCACAUUAUUAUCUUGCCCAUACACAUCGAUAUCUACAUACACAUAUAUGUAGGUAUAAUCGUGUGGAAUUUAUUUAUAAUGAUUAUAUUUAGUUCAAUUUAAAAUAAAAUAUAAAUUAUAAUAAUAAAUAUCAAUAUUGUAUGCGAUAUCUUGAAAAAAUCUUAACUUUGCUAACUUACCAUUGGGUGUAUUAUAGUAUUGGACAAUUACUUAGACAAAUUAUUACGUUGGACACAUUCUUUUCGUUUAGGCGAAGUAAUUUAUUAUUAUUUUGCUUUUCGGCUAUUGGCGGUUUAUAAACGUAGGUAUUUCUCCAUUAAAAAUCAUAAUUUAAUCGUAUUUUUAUAAAUUAUUUUUAUUAACGAAGCAAUAAAUAUUUACUUCGUUUAUAUUGCGUUCAAGUUAAAUCCAUAUAAAAUAAAUAAAUAAUAGUAAAUCUUUAAAUAUAUUAUUAUUAUUAUUUUUUUUUUUUAAAGAAUAAAUAGCGUUUACUGAACAGUACUAUUGUCCAUCAAACAUAAAGAGGACAUUGACUCAAUACUGAGAAUGUACGACACAAAUCGGUGACAGUCACAUUGACCAUAUUUUUAUUAUAUUCAUUUAUAUAUAGCAAUAAUAUCUGUAUGCGUUUAAAAUAUUAUAAAACUUCUCGAAGUGUCACGCUGUUACGGUUUAAAAAAGAUUUACCAAAGGAUCACUGAUAUCAAUCUUUUUAAAUUAUUAUAUUUAGCUUAGAAAAAAAAAAUAUAAGAAUCAUUUCAUUGCAUUAAACUUGUACCUAUUACCUAUUAUUAUAGAAUAUUUAAAAUUUUAAAACACUUGAGAUUUUGACAAAAGGUAUUUAAAUACCUAAUGCAUUUCAUUAUGUAUUAUAGUGAUAAAUAUACUAUACAUCAGUGUUAUACCCAGGAUUUUUUAAUGGGGGGAGGGGGGUAAAAAUAUUAAAUUAAAUUAAUAUUUAAUAUAAAAUAUAUUGUCCAGCAAAAUAUAUCUACAUUUAUUAUAGAAAGUCUGUUUUUUGGGUUGUUUUACAAAAUACAUAAUUGUUUAAUAUAAUUAUUUAAAUAUAGUAAAUAAAUAUAUAAAUAAAAAUGUAUGUAUAAAAUAAAAAUAAUAAAUGAAUAAAUGCGUCGCCUGGAGUAUUAUGAUAAGUGUAUUAUACGACCGGUUUCGAAUUAAAAAUUCAUCAUCAGGUAUAGCACAGUCAAAAUGUAAAACGCGAUAUCAUUAUACUCCAGGCGACGCAUUUAUUCAUUUAUUUAUUUUUUUAUUUUUAUACAUACUUUUUUUUUUUAUGUAUACAUUUUUUAUUUAUAUAUUUAUUUACGAGUAUUGACCAUUUUAAUAAUUUUUUUAUACUUUAUUAUUUUAUUACAAUUAUUUAGUUGAGUAAUUAGUGCAAAUGUGCAAUCAGCGAGAUGAAAUCGGUAAGAUCCUGUUCAUUUUUUCGAAAAUUACGGCGGCUCUGGUUAGGUCAACAGUACUAUCAACUUUAUUAGUUUAUUUUAUUUAAACUACAAAUUUGCUAUUUUACCAUGUCUUUAAAUGCUAGUAUAAGUAUAUUUUAUUUCGGAAAAAUUACAAAGAAAAAUACAAAAUCGAUAAUAAAAACCAUAGUAUUCCCAUUUAUCAGAUAUUUCUCUCUAGUUUUCUCCCGACUAAACAAAAUUUGGUACCAAAAACUACCACUGAAGUUGAUGACUGAUGCAAGUUUUAUGGUUAAAAAUUCAUAAAAAAACAUAAUAUUAACACACAUACCAAAGUAAAUAUGUAUAAGAACUCGGCCCAUAACUUAAAUACAGGAAAAGACCCACUGUGUUCUUGGAUAGUAGACUAUUUAAAUGGUCUAUAAAUGGUCCACUAACAUUCGAAGAUUUUUCAAUAACCAUUAAACGCAAUUUGUUGCGCUGCAAUACGAUACGAUUAACCCGCGUACAUUGAUAUCAAAAAUAUACGUGCCUUCAAUAACAAUCGAAUUUAAAAAAUAUAUUUUUAUAAUACUUACCUAACAUAAUAUAUAAUAGUGAUUCAAUGUAUUAUUAUAUUUAUAAGUACCUAUAUGUUAUACUUACUGAUAUAUUUAAUUUAUAAUAUUAUAUGAUCCACAAUUCUAUUCAUACGUUUUAUAAACGUGUUUUUUUUUUUAUCAUUAUAUAGAAGACCACGAUUAUCCUACAAUUUUUACAGCUGCUAUAUACUUUUUAAGCAAAGAAAGAACUCCUAUGAAAUACGUAAGGAGUUUUUUUAAAUGUAAAACAUUAAAAUUGUUUACGCAAACGUAUCUAUAUUAAAAUAAUAUAUGGCCACCUACCAGUAUUCUAUUCUGUCUAAUUGAAUAGACCUAUAAUUUUUAAAAAGAAUGGCGUAAUAGAUUAUAUUUUAUCGUCAUUACCCGUACUUUUGUUUAGAUUACGAUUCCGCACUUUUUUCACUAUUACGAUUGCGUACUGUUCACCUGCCCGAAUUUAUCGCAACAUUGCCAUUUGUUACAUAUUUACAGGUAGUUAUCGAUUCUGUACGCUUCUUCUUUACUUAUAUAUUAUCCAGCUAGCAUGCAGCAGAUUAUAAUAAAUUCAGUCGAUUAUGGCACCACGGUUGUAAAUGAUGGUAUAUCUACAACCGCUUAAAAAUCCACUAUUAACGAUAUAAUACACUGGUUUGAACACUUCGGUAAACAAUAUAAAAGGUAAAUUUCACUUAUUGCUACCAAAACGUAGUAGCUAGUUCAACGAUUUCUCAUUCGAUUUGCCUGAAAGUAAAAAUUGACAAAACCAAAUAAGUAAUUAAAAUCAAAUGUCGUUAUUGCUAUUCGUAUUUACUGGUACUAGGUAAUUUACUGAGCUCUAGAGUCCUCUCAAAAGAGGUGAAAAUUCAGUUAAAUUUGACAAUCAUACGACCAAUAGUCAUGUAUGGAUCACAAUGUUGAACGUUACGAAAAACAGAGGAAGACUGCUAGACUACACGUGUUCGAGAGGAAGGUGCUACGAAAAAUAUACGAACCUAUUUAUGGUCGAGGCAUUCAAGUAUAUAGGAAAAGACAUAAUCAAGAACUCUUGGAUAUAUUCAAAAGAUCAAGUAUUGUGAACGAAAUUAAACAGAGUAAGUUAGAAUGAGCAGCCCACGCAUGUAAAAACAAAGUUCUAUGAUGCAAAGAGUGCUCCAAGAAAACCGAAGGAACAAAAGGUCAUUGAGUAGACCAAGGUUGUCAGAAAAGAUUUCCUAAAAGCUAGAGGAGAAAAUUAUGGACACUGGGACUGGAAGGCAGCAGCGGAGAAUAAAGAAGAUUUGUAAUAAGGCAAGAUAGUCCCAAAGGCGAGAAAAAUAAAUAAAAAAAAACGAGUAUGUAUAACGCUAUGCAUUGGUAUAAAAAUCAAGAUAAAACUAUAUUAUCUAUACAUAUUAAGAAAACUAUGUAGUUUUAUACGAUUUUCUAGUGCUCCAUAGCCCUAAACCUAAAUUGAUUUCAAUUUAAAAAUUAUAAGCGUACGUGUUUUUUCCGUGGAUCAUGUAAAAGUAACAAAACGUGUACAAAUAUAUAGUGAUGUUUUGUUUGUAAACACUGUGAAAACACGGUGUUAGCAAAUGGCAACGUUUCACUCAUUUCGCACGGAAUCGUACUAGAUUAAGGGUUAGGUAGUAAAAUUUUAAGCGGUAUCGUAAACGGGUGGAAUCGUAAGUACCUACGACGUUAUUGUGUUGUAACAAACUUGCGUGUUAUAAGUAAUAUUCACGUAACAAUGUUAUAGUUUUUUGUUUUCCAGCCGUAAUAUGAAAUCGAAUAAAAUGAACAAUUGAAAAUAUUUUAUACCGACCCGAGCUAAGCGAAACAACUGCUGUAGUUAAUGUAGGUAUUUAAGACUCCAGGGUUUAUAUUUUUUUUUUAGAAUUUUAUUUUAUUUUUUUUCAAAUUAAAUUCGAAUUUUAGUAGGUAUAUUAUUAUUUACGUUCGCGAUGUAGGUAAUAGCUACUCAUAAAAUGUACAAAUUGUACAAAUUAAUGUCUCCAAUGUCUUGUAUUUUAUACUAACCGGCUUAUGUAGCCAUAUAGGUGUUUAACGAUCCAACAUUCCGCAACUCGUCUGCCAUUAUACCGUUAGAAUUGGUAUUAGGUACCUAUACUGUAUUAUUAUAAUGUAUAUAUAUUACAUAUGCAUUUGAAGGAGUGGUAUAGGAGAAGAGAUUUCUAUGAAAUACACUCGGCAAGAAGAACCUUCUGGAUAAAUAAUAAUAAUAUGAAACCUUCGGCCACAAAAAAAAAAAAUAAAAAAAAAAAAGAAAGAUCUACUUUUAAAUAGACUAUAACUACUAUAUAUGUUUAUACAAAUAAAUUCCGCGCGAACUCUAAACACCGAUUGGAUGUUAUUGAAAAAAAUAAAAUAAUAACAAUAAUUUAGAUUCUACGGAUUCUAAUCGUUCGGUAGUAAACGGGUGUUAUUCGCGGAUCGGUGCUGAUUCAAUUAGCGCCGCAACAGAGUAUGCAGCACAGCAGCUAAUGUUGGUAUAUAAAAUGGUAAUCGAUAAAACCGUGCUAUGAAUAACCUAAAAAAUAAAAUCCAAAAUAUAUAUCUAUACAUACAUACAUACAGGUAUGCGUUUAGGUAUUUUAAUUUAGUGUGUUUAAUCUGCCGGUAAAAUACUGGAAUAGUUUUUUUUUUUUUUUUUUGUAAUACUAUACGGUCGUUGCAUAGAAUAUAUAACAAUAAUAAUACCUAUAAUAUCAUUGAACGCAGUUUAGAGACAUUUAAAGAAAUAAUAAUUAAUUCGAAACGUAUUCUAAAAACAUGUUUUGUUACAUCUAUGCUCGCGGAUCUAACGCUACCGGCUACCGAAAUUUGUUCGAUUAUUAUUCUUACACGAUAAAAUAAUAUUAUAUUUAAUACGAUUUUUACGGAAUAACGAAUUCGGUACGAAAUAUUAAUUCUAUAUGCGUCAUCAACGUUUGCAGUUUCAACGCGUAAACGUAAUAAAUUAUUUUAGGCGGGUACCCGGUUCCAUAUAAUUAUAAAUACUGGUUUCAUACUAUUAUAAUAAUAUUACACGAAAAUUCUUGUUUAAUUUGUAAGCGAUGUUCAUACACGAUAUUUUCAACAAAAGACCGUCACAAUUGCAUUUGCAUCCGUUCUUAUCUCAAAAAGAAAUUCGGGUUUAGAGAUCAAACACAUAAUAUGAUAAAAUUUAUAAAUGACGAAAUUUAAAUAUGAUAUUCGUCAUAUUUCGUAUUUUAUUUCUCAUCAUUAACGAAAAGUAUAAAAAUCGUAUUUUAUAUUUUAUUUUUUUUUUUUUCCCAAAACAACUAACUUUUUUAAUAAUUCAUAUUUCAGAUAAAUUUCGAUGUCGUUGUGUUCGGAAUUUUAUCGUUUAAAAAUUGUAUUAUAAGAUUCUGAGCAUGUAUUGAUUGAUGAAAUGGAUUUGGCCAAACAGAAAUUAUUGAAAAUUUAAUCACGAGGUUCAUUACAUGUUAUAUUUAGCAGUGAGUGAAUAAUGUAAUCUUUUUUUUUUUUUUAAUUUUAAGUACAAAUUUGACGAAAAUUGUAAAAAUUAUGUCAUUUCAAAACAUGUAUAAUUGAGCUUCGAUCAGACUCGUAUUUCGUUGGCAAUGAUUUUUCGUUGCGUACAAACUAAAAAUAUAAAUAAAAAUAAAACUCGAUGUGUUCUACCUUCCUAACUUCCCAUCUACAACAGUGACACACCCAUCAUCAGAAAUAUCAGCUCUUUUUUUGUUAUAUCGCUAGUCAGAUAGACGGCAAUAAUUUCAACUGUGACGACCUCUUUUAACGACUAUGUCUGCGAAUUGUUGCCCGGUCAAGUAUCUAACCAAAACGUACGUGCGGUUUUUUCACGUCUUAUUACUGUUAUAAUUAUAUGUCUUAUUACUAUUAUAAAUAUCGUAUAAUAAGUAUACACUAGUACCUAUUCUGUAUUCAUCAACAUGUGAUAUAAUACAAGUACUACUUGUAUUAUAAUAUUUGAUAGAAGAAAAGCCGAACAUAUUUUCUAUUAUUCGACAAUAUUUUUUUGUUGUAUACAAUUAUUAUUAAUAACAAACAACAGUAUAAUAUUCAAAUCGCGACAAAUUCUAAAACAUUACUUUUAUAAUAUAAUUGACGUUGUGAGGUUAUAAAAAUCUAUAAAGUCUAAAUUUAUAAAAUUAUAAUGUUUAUCGAUAGGUAUAGUAUAUUAUAAUGAAUUUGUACGGUAAAUAGUUUAAAUUUAGAUAAAGAAAAAAAAAAAUCAACUAUACAAUAUUUAUUGAGUAAUAUAAUACCUUCAAGCGAAUAUUAAUUUUAAGGGCCCUGCUCGUGACUUUUUACACGUCUUAAUAACGCAUUGUUAAAAUUUACAAAUCACAAAUCUUAACAAAUAGUUCAAUAGUUUGGUUUUUAUUUUUAUAUAUUAAGAGGCCUGCGCAUGACCUGUUUUUUGUUACCCAAAACAUGUUUUACAAGACGAAAAUUAGUGCCUCGUCGUACAGAGUGAUCUGAUUUCGAUAAUUUUUUAAUUUUUUCUACUGAAAAGAGGAAGCCUUUCUACAAAGCGAAUCCUACUUCUAUUUUUCAUUGUCUAACCAAAAACUACGAACAAUGAGUUUAAAAUAAAUGAUAUAAAUUAGACAUAUUUAAACACAAAUUGUGUAUCGUUAAAUACAUAAUAUUUCAAAUCCUAGUCUAAUAUGUAACCUGGAAGAAAUCUCCCGCUUUCUAGUGAGAAGCAAAUGAUGAAUAAAGUCGAUUAUACUAUACAGAGCAACAGUUUUUUCUUAAAAGUAUAAAAUGUAGUAAUAAAAGCAAGCUCCCUUAUUGUUACAACUAAACGCAUUUAGCCAUAUUCCCUAAUUAUUUUCAACCAGUAAUGCAACUUAAUUAAUUUUACAUUUACAAAUUAUAAAAUAAAUAUUUAUUGACACCAUGGUUUAAACCAGCUCUAGGUGUACUAUGGUUUUUGUUUAUGUGUUAUAGUCACUAAAUGUGAUUUGUAUCAUCAAAAUGCAUACAUAUAUUAUGCUGCAGGUAUACCGUAUACUCUUGUUUUUCUACUGUAUGAUGUCAUUAUAAUUGCGAAAUUAAAUAUAUCUAAUGAUAUUAUACUUGAGAAGUAAAGUUCAAUAUAAUUAUUAGGCAGGCACGAGAGAACGUGGGAACUGAAAAACUACAUUUUUUUUUUUAAAUUGAAACAAUUUUACCGUUGAGAUCUCCGAUUUAAGCUAUGAUAAAAAUUAUAUAUAUAUAUAUAUAUAUAUAUGUGUGUGUGUGUGUGUGUGUGUGUAGUUAUCAAUGGGUGUUCUUAAUAACAUUAUUAGACGAGUUUGUCCGCAAUUCGAUAUAUCUGUGUAACGAUAUCGUGAUGAAAAAAAACAACCAUUCUAAUAAUUAUUAUUAUUGUGCGGUCCAAAAACGUGUACUUUAUGUAACAUUUUUCGGAUUACAGCGUAAAGCUAUCAUUAUAGCGGGGCCAUGGCUAUCAAUUAUUUAUAAACUAAAUGUUGUACGGUAUAAAUAGUUGCGUAGUGAAAGGACCACAGUAAUGUCGGAGCAGUCUUAAUUUAUUAUAAUAUUAUAGGUAUCGGUCAACAGACCGAUAAUCGAUAUUAAUAAUAAUUAAUGAUCACCCUCAGCUAUGCGCCUAUAACCAAUAAUGUCAUCACCGUCCGUCGAUUUGCGUUCAAACUUUCAGCCGUCAAAUAAACGUUAAAUAUCAUAAGUACUAUAUUAUGUGUUUAUGUCACGCACAGAUUGGUCAUGCUUAUCAGAUGGAAGGACGUGCUGCUGAUAGCACUGGUCUCGGCCAUAGCUGCCAUUAACACGUGUCUUUCCGCCACCACGUCGUGCGAAGACUUGCAGGCGGAUUUCCGGUACCCCUGUGUUUGCGAGGAACUCAGUCAGAUCGGUGGUUUGGCGUUGAAUUGCGACGGCGUUGUUUAUCCGGGUGACCACGUGAAUUUACCGAAAGACGUUCCGGUGUUGGUGUUCACCCAGAGAAAUGCCGGUCACCAUUCUGUGCCUACGCAACUUUUCCCGUCUACGGGUAAGAGUGCUAUUGGAACAGCAAAUUCGUGCGUCGUUUAGACGCACAGUGUUAGAAAUACAUACCUACCUAUCCUAAUAUAACUAAUUUCGUUCGUCUUUAGUCAAACUAGAUUUGUCUCAAAAUUCCAUUAGACGACUGUUGGAAAAGUCGUUCAGCACCGUACAGAAUACGGUAGAAGAUCUAAGGUUAGCCGGUAACCUAUUAGGCGACACAUUAAAUCCGAUAUUUUCGUCUACGGAAUUUCACGGUUUAUCGAAACUCAUACGAUUGGAUCUCAGCGAAAACAGGAUAUCUUCGCUGGAGGAAGGGAUUUUAAAGGGUUGUCUUAAUUUAGAGGUAUUUUAAUACUAUAUUUAUAGGUAUCACAAAAAAUACAUAUUUUACUAUAGAAAAAUGCGUUUUUAAUUUUGUUAUAAUUUUACAGGAACUCAAAUUAGACGGUAACCGAUUAGCGUUUAUACCUAGCUCAUCGCUCAACGGCCCAGAAUCACUACGAACAUUAUCUCUAAAAAAUAACCGAAUAGGUAUGUUUAUCGCGUGGUAUAACUAAUUUUUAAUGCUUAUUUAAUAUAUAUUAUGUCUAUAUAUAUAUAUAUAUAUAUUUAUAUUAUAAUAUGCUAUUGCAGAUAGUAUACAACAUGGGUCGUUUGUUUCACAAAAAUCAUUGACACUAAUAGACUUAUCGUCGAAUAGAGUGAACAACAUUGAAAUAGGAGCAUUUGAAGGUUUAUCAAUGUUAAAACAGCUCAUAUUGUCCGAAAAUCGUCUGUCAAAAUUUAAUAGUGACGUUUUUUAUGGUAAUAUAUUAAUAGAAAAACUUGAUAGACCGUUUAAUUGCAUGAUGAAUUUUUUUUUUUUAGGUGCGGAAAAACUGGAGAAAUUAGACGUUUCAAACAAUUUUAUUGCCGAGUUUCCGACGGUCUCUUUAAAAAAAUUUGACAAUCUAAAAAUACUGAAUUUAUCAUCAAAUUUGAUACAAGUAAAUACGUCUGUAUAUUAUACAAAUACAUAUUUAACACCUAGUAUUUAUUACCUAUAAUAAUAUAGUACGUAUGAAUUUAUUAUUAUUUUAGAAAUUGGAAAACACGCAAUUAACAUCGUUAGAAGUUUUAGAUGUCAGUAGAAAUAACAUCGGAAAUAUUUCACCGGGAACUUUUAUGAGCUUGAAGAAAUUAAAAGUCUUAAACUUAGCCGUAAACAUGUUAAGAACUGUACGUUUUAAAAAUAAAAGUAUUUAUUGUUACUAUUUAUUAACAAAAUAAAUACAAUUUUUAAAUAGGUCGAAGAUGACGCUUUUGAAGGCCUAUCGUACCUCGAAUCCUUGUCAUUGGAAGAUAAUAAUAUUUUACUAAUACCAGCCACGGCUCUCAGUAAAUUACCACGUUUAAACAGACUACGUCUGGACUACAAUAGAAUUGCAGCACUUUCUUCGACUAUUCUCAAAGGAUUGUCAGAGAUCUUACACGAAUUAGGCUUAAGCAGAAACGUAAUCAGAGAAAUACCUCCAGAUGUAUUUCAAGUAUGUGUUAACUAAAAAAUGAACACCUUCGUGGCUAUUCAGUUUUUUUUUUAUCUAAUAUUAAUAUUACUGGUUUUAUGUUUUUAGGAUUUUAAAUUCUUAAGAGUUCUUGAUUUGUCCGGAAAUUUACUGUUGUCUGUAGAAUCGUCGACUUUCUCCGGCUUAGAAAACACGCUAGAAUACUUAAAUCUCCAAGGAAACCGGAUUGCUUCGCUUUCGUCGGAGCCGAUUAAUCUUCAAAAGUUGAAAAACCUCGAUCUGUCAUACAAUCAAUUGAAAGAAAUUCCCCGACACAUGUUUACUUUAAUGUCUUCGUUGUUGAGUUUAAACUUGAGCCACAAUCCCCAUUUGGCUUUGAUACCUGUAUCCGUGUUCCAUCCCUUAACACAAUUGCGAAAACUCGACAUUAGUUUUACCAGUAUAAAAGUUUUGAGUCCCGAACUGUUCUUCAAAACUUCAUCACUUACUCAUCUCUACAUACAGAAUAACGGUAUCACCGAAUUACCGGAGACCAUGUUCCAAAGUUUAAUAAACCUGAUUAUAUUGGAUUUAUCAGAAAAUCAAAUAUCAAACAUACGAAUUGGUUCGUUUAUGGGCCUCACGUCCAUUAAAUAUGUAAAUUUGUCUAAAAAUAAACUAUCAUCGUUCAAAGGUGAAUAUUUUAUAACCAAACGGAGCAACGGAACUCCGUUGGAAGAAAUAGACCUGUCUCAUAAUCAAAUCAGUUAUUUGUUCCCAUCUACAUUUAAAGUGCAUCCAGAUAUUAAACUAAUCAAAGUUUCAAAUAACAAAUUCAACUUUUUCCCGUCCGAGUUGAUUGCCGGUUUAGCGCGUUUACAAGAAAUAGAUUUAAGCAGAAAUAGUCUUAAAACCCUAGAAGAAUUCGAUUUUGCUGGUUUACCGAGACUGAAAAAAAUAAAUUUGGCUAACAACCAAAUAGAGACUAUAAGUGAGACAACGUUUCAUAAUUCUACACAACUACAAAAUAUUUAUUUGGCCAACAAUAAUUUGGAACGUAUUGGCGAAAGAACUUUCCAAGGGUUAAAUAGAUUACAAUAUUUGGAUUUAGAAAACAAUAAUCUGACAGAAUUGCCAGAUUUGAUUUUUGACCGAACACGGUUAAAAGUCCUGGAGAACAUCAAUUUAGCGAAAAAUAAGUUUACCGUUGCUCCGUUGAAAAGUUUACAGAAACAAUACUUUUUUUUGUCGUCGGUCGAUUUGUCAUCGAACCAACUGACCGAAUUACAAACGGAUGAUAGCAUUUUGGUAAACAUUAAGAAACUCGACUUGUCGUUCAACCGUCUCUCCGAAACGUCUAUUAAAAACAUACUCAGUGAGCCCAAAACUGUGCGCGAACUGAACUUGGCGGGCACCGGCAUAACGUUAGUAUCGCCUUUAGAAACGCCAUUUUUGCAGAAACUCAAUUUAUCUUACAACGAAAUAGACACGUUGGACGAACAUAUGUUCGACAGAGCGACAUUGAUCGAGGAAUUGGAUUUGUCGCACAACGAGUUACGGAGUUUGACGGCUCUCAGGACUAUUUGGCCAAAGCUGAAUCAGGUACAGCUGGUGGAUAUCUCUUGGAAUCCGAUAUCGAACAUCGUUCUGGGUGACUUCGACAAGUUGGAAUCAUUACGGUCGUUGCGGAUCAACAACUUGCUGGAAUGCGACAAAAUCGAAAAGAACGCGUUCAGGAAUCUCGGAAAUCUAGUGGAACUGAAAAUGUACGACUUUCCGAAAUUAGGAUACUUGGAUGUUACUGGACUGUUGAAUUAUUUACAGUCGUUGGAGACUUUGGAAAUCGAAGUGAAAGACCCGUCCAUCGGUAGCCAGCUGUCGGCCGCCAUGAAUCCGAGAUUAAAGUCGUUGACGAUACGGGGCCAGAGGAUCACGUCGAUAUCGUCGGGCGCGUUGGCCGGACUCAAGUAUCGUCAAGUACACAUAAAAAUCCAGAACACGUCCCUGACGAGUCUGCCCCCGUCACUGUUGAUACCGUUGCCGCGGUCGUCGAUCAUCCAACUGGACGUGUUCGACAACCAGUUAACCACACUCACGUCGCAGUUCUUGUCGGCGCUGGAUGACCGGCGAAGCCUGCUCAAGCUGAACGGGCUCCGGUCGAAUCCCAUCUAUUGCGACUGUAACGUGCGGGCGUUGAGACGGUCGCCUCUGGCGCUGGACCUGGUGUGCGCGGCGCCCGCGUUCGUGGCCGGCAGCCUGCUGAUCGAAAUCCCGGACGACGACCUGACGUGCGACGUUAGCCGACAGACGACCACGACAACGACGACUACCUCGACGACGACCACCACCACUACGAGCACGGGUAGCCCGAUCGUCAAGGCCCCGCACCACAAGAGCGCGCAGAGGACGACCACGGCGGAACCGGACAUCAUAUGGUCGCUGCCGCCGCCGCCGGCCAACGCGGGCAACCUGCUGCAGAACAGUAAAUCACCGGCCGGCGGCAAGUCGCCGGCGUCGCCGUCGUCGCCGAACCCGGCCGCGGCCGCCGCCAUCACCAACGACGACACGCUCAUCAUCGGCAUCGUGGCCGGCGUCGUGGUGUUCAUCGCCAUACUGGUGAUCAUCAUCUGCAUCGUCCGGAUACGGCUGUCCACCGCCGAGUACAACUCGCACAUGAACGCCCUGCCGCCGGUGCUCGGGGCCCCGAUGCACUGCGCCAACCAGGCGUGUCCCUGUCCGAAGAUGCCCGGCCAGAUGUACCCGAUGUCGGCCGCGCCGUCGUACGCCAACAGCUACGCGACGCUGCCCGCGCACAAGCUGUCGUCCGUGUCGUCGCCGCUCCGGCAGUCGUACAACACGCUCAACGCCGGCGGCGUGCCGUACACGCAGAACCCGUACUACAUACCGUACGCCGGCGACGAGAAGGACUACAACCUGACCAUGAGAUGAUGGCCGCCGCCGUCGCCGCGCGGCGUCACGGCGUUCCGCGCGUUUUACCGUCCGCGUUCCCGCGGUGCUUGCCGACCAAACUAAAUGUUCGAACACCGUUCGGAAACCGUUUGGCGCGCGCCGCGGGCCGCAGACCGUGUUUUACCAUAAGUAUUGUAAAUAUAGAUAAGAGGAAAAAAAAAAAAAAACAAACAAACCAACAAAUUUUUUAUAACGGUACCUAUUUGAAAAUUGUAGCACAUAUAAGUCUACCUAAAAACAAUAAUUGACCCUGAGCGUGCGUCUACUUGCAAACGUGAUUAUUUGUGCUUCGGACGAAACGUUACAAGAGGAAAUUAUCCGCGUGCAAUUCGCAUCUAUAGAUAUUUUCAGGCAAUCGAGAAGUACAAUUUCGUGUAUAAAUUUUACGUACGUACGGGGUAGUUUUUAUUAUUAUUAUUAUUAUUGUUUUUUUUUUUUUUUUUUUUUUUUUUUUUUAUCACGAUCCAGUUCUCGGGAGGGUUUUUUUUCAACUAUUACGCAAAAGUUUAAACGGAUUAUUUCAACACUAUUUUCAAAUUGUUACACUUACUCCGUAUGCUUGAAACGAGAAUUAUUCACUGUUAAUACUUUCAAACGGCGAACCCUCUCCGUCUUCUCCUUCUUAUCAGGUCGGAUUUAAAAAGAUAAUAUUUGUCUACACAUUUUGUAUUACGUACGGCCAUAACAAAUACGGUUCUCUUUUCGAAUCCGGAUUAAAAAGAAAUGGGAGGGAGGGGCCGCAAUUUUAAAACCAAAAAGUCCACACGCGUAUUUCAGGCAGUACGGAACAACAGUAGCCAUUUCUAAGACGUUGUCAAAUAUAAAAUCGCCGGUAGAUUAUUUUAAUAACGCCUGAAAAAAGCCCGAAAUCAAUUUCACUCCUAGUCUUCAACCGCUGGAUCGUGGUAGAAAAAAAAAAAAUCGCCCCCUAUAGGUGCUAUUAUUACGUUUUCUGAGCUUAAUCGAUUGGGAAUUCGCAUUUGUUUCCGCCGAUCAGGCGGCCAAUCCAACCUUGUCGUUGUUAUCGUGGUGUACACCCAAUAACGUCACCUGUAAAUAUCGAAUUUAAAUUUGUAAAAAUCUAGACUCGACGGUUAAUAUGAGUGCGCCCGGGUGUGUAUUGCGCAGCGGUCGUCCGCGGACCGCCGAACGACCCGGUCGUGUGAUAAUUAUGUACACUAGUGAUUACGCGAUAUUAUUAUAAUUCAUAGUGAUUACGGUAUUUAUUAUAUUCGCUACCCCGUACCGCGUAUCUAAUCGCAGGCCCGCAGUCUCUCGUGUCGCGCUCUCUAAGCCCCGUGGCGAUCGCUUCCUCUAACACCCCUCUUUAAUUACCCCUACAGAAGAAAAAAAAACACCGGCCAAAAUAUCGGUUUUUUUUAAUACCCCCCUCGUCGAAGAAAACAAAAAACCCGCUCUGCUUGUCACAACCGAAGACCACGGGCCUGUAAUCUGUAUUUAUAAUAAUUUAUGUGUAUAAUUAUUGUUAAGUUGUCAGGUAGACGGUGGGGAAUCACACGCAGCGGUAAUCAAAAUCACCCACACGUACUGUUAUUAUUUUGUAUAAAGCUCGGUGUACCUACCUACAGUUGUACGAAUGGUUUUUUUUAUAUUUUACGUAUUUGAAGUUUAGCAUGCACAACUUCGGUUCUUGCGCAAGGAAAAAAAACCCUAAACAAUAUGAACUUUUACCACGUGUACGUAAUAGUUGAUCCAUAGAUAUUAUUAAAUUGCGCAUAAAAUACAAUCUACCGCGCCUGCAUCAGUAUCCCAUUGUCCCGUACCAAUCGCCAAUACCGGCCAUACCCAUUCAACUCGACGAGUAACUUAUUAUAUACCCGGUCGUUCAAUUUUUCUUGUACAAAAAGUCGUGUGUGCUAGACCCAAAAGGAGAGUCGGGCGUAUUUUCAUUAUUUCGUUCGGACAAUUAAAAAAAUAAUUGAUUUUAUAUUUUUUUAUGAGCGGCACACGGCCCACUGCAGCUAUAAUAACCUGCCUAUGCAAAAAUACAUGUCGAACAACAAUCAACAUUUCCGAUAAUUAAUAACGGUAUUAUAAUAUUAUUAUUUUCCAUGAUAUGCUCCCGAGAAGCGUGGUUAUAAAUUGGUUGUGCUUAUUGGUAUCGCUGGGACGUUUAAAAAGGAUUAAAGUCUUAAAAAAGGGACGGUAGGUGGAUAUUAUUGUCAGAUUCGCGUACUUUCGAAAUCUUUAGAGGUGCGCCACCGUAGCGGGGAUUGCCCAAUAUAAUCAUUGCCUACAGUCGACGAUUAAAAAACAAGUUUAAAAUUGUUUGUCAUCAAAAGAUCAAAACUUUCUCUCGUAUAACACACCAAUACGUACAGGCGUGUAAACGAAAUUAUUUAUAUCAGAUAGUCACGUUUUAGUCGUCCGGCGAGCGAUAUUCAGGCCUACCAUAAUUUCAAAAUGUACACUACUGCGUCCGCACAAUCAGUGAAAAAUCAUAUAUUAUUGUAAAUAAAAUAAUUGAAAAUUAUUCAAAUGAUUGCCAGUAAUUUAUCUGGACAAACAUUUUGUUCGAAUAACGCCCGACUUUUGCUAUCGACUUUGCGUCUGGCCAUUUUUUUUUUUUUUUCAUAUACCUAGAUAAGUUCGUUUUAAGUAGGUACGCCUAAUAACUAUAAUAAUAUGGUAGUCGAACCGUAAAAUUAAAUAAGUUUUCGUACAUCGAAACGUGUAUAGUAGAUAGGUACACACCUAUGCGUAAUAUUAUUAUUCGUUAGUUUUACAAUAUGUUGUUUUAUUUAUAUGCCUAUAUAGUAUUUACGUCGUUAAGAUUGUACGAUAUCAUUUGUAUAAUUACCUAGUUAAUGUUUAGUUUUUU